UGUUUAAAUGUCUGGCGCUGAGGCAAUGGGUGGAACGCUGAACAAGAGACCGUGGGAAAGUUAAAGUCCUUCACAUCCAUCACGACGUCCCACAAUCACCCCUCCCCUGCCUACACACUCGAACUCGCCCUCAAUGUUCGCCCGCGCAGUCACCCAUCAAUGCGUAUCGAUACCACGGCUUCUUGCAGUCCUUGCGGUCGUGCUCGCCCUACAUGCCACCCUCGUCUCGGCCCACAUGGCGAUGGCGGAUCCGCCAGCCCUGCGGUACAAGUCGAAUCCCUACAAGGUUGCCGAAGAUUACGAUUACCUCUCGCCGCUGUCGCCGUCGGGCAGCAACUACCCCUGCAAGGGCUACCAUGAGGAUCUCGGGACACCCGGCGGAAAGUCCGUCGCGACCUACAGUCCCGGGGGGAGCUAUAAAAUCCGGCUCGAUGGUUCGGCGACACAUCUCGGCGGCUCGUGCCAGCUGUCGUUCUCGUUCGACGGAGGAAAUUCUUGGCAGGUCAUCAAGUCAUUCGUCGGUGGGUGCGUGAAACCGGACCAGGGAAGUGAUCAGUCGUUCUCAUUUACGGUGCCGAAGGGGACGCCUGGCGGGGAAGCGCUGCUAGCAUGGACGUGGUUCAACAACCAAGGCAACCGCGAAAUCUACAUGAACUGCGCGGUAGUGACCAUCUCCGGCGGCAAGCGCAAGCUGAUGGCGCGCGAGGAAUUCAACGUACUCCCGUCAAUGCUCAAGAAGCGCGCACUGGGGCCCCAAGUCUUCCUCGCAAACCUGGGCAACGGCUGCACCACGCAGGCCGGUGCCGACGUUGAGUUCCCAGACCCGGGGAACAACGUGGAGCGCGGAGGCGCGGGGGAUACUGCCGCGCCCGUGGGGGAUUGUGGGAAGGUGGUGGUCAGCGGAGGGGCUGGAGGCACCGGCGGCGGCACCGGAGGCGGGAAGAAUUGUGAAUACUGGAGGGCUCAGGGUUAUUACUGCUCUGGCGCGAUCGGAGUCGAGGUGCAAAGGACGUUGGUCGUGCUGGUCGUCGUGGCGGCGUUUGCGGCAGCACUGUGGUAGGCGAAAGCAGUACGGACGGUCAGCGGGCAUAGGGGAACGGCGUUUAUCAGUUGUAUAUAUCAUUUGUUUGCUUUUACGAGGUCAAUGCCAU